UAUUGUUUGCACGAAAAGCGAAUCCAACGGUGCGAGUCCUAAAAGUCUCGUUUGUUCCUCCUUCCCCUAAAAAAAAAAGUCUUCUCUGCUUCCGAUCCCUUUUUAUUGAUUUUUUGCUGAAAAAUUAAAAGUAAAUCGAUCGGAGGGAGAGAUAGAAAUGGAUCAGAUCUUCAACAAGGUUGGAUCCUACUGGUUAGGCCAGAAGGCGAACAAGCAGUUCGACUCCGUUGGCAACGAUAUCAACUCGCUAUCAACGAGCAUCGAAGGAGGAACAAAAUGGUUGGUCAACAAAAUCAAAGGAACAAUGCAGAAGCCGUUGCCUGAGCUACUAAAAGAGUUUGAUCUGCCAGUGGGCAUCUUCCCACGGGAUGCUACAAACUACGAGUUCGAUGAACAGACAAAGAAACUGACCGUGUUGAUCCCAUCAGUCUGCGAGGUUGGCUACAAAGACUCAUCCGUCUUGAAAUUUACCACAACCGUAACCGGAUACCUCGAGAAAGGGAAGCUAGCCGAUGUGGAAGGCAUCAAGACAAAAGUUAUGAUAUGGGUUAAAGUCACUUGCAUCUCUGCUGACCCCUCAAAGGUCUAUUUCACUGCGGGGAUGAAGAAAAGCAGAAACCGAGAUGCUUACGAGGUUCUCAGAGACGGCAUUCGAGCCGAUAAAUUCUAACUAUCCCUCCAUCCUCAUGCAAGUAUAUAUAUACUAUAUUCUUGUUCUCUUUAUUGACUCUUAUAUAUCUUCUACAGUUUCAAGCUCUUUUCUUUUGCAUUAUCUGUUUUGAUUUGAAGCUGUGGCUAUGCUGCAUAUUCAUCAAUUUGAUGAAAAGAAUAUGCACUGAUUAGUACUUUGUGCAAACCAAAAACAAUUUUUUUAUGAGAAAUAUAUAAUAUUUU